AAAAGAUCGUCUGUGCUACUGUAGCUAGAAACCACAUCCAUCACUGUUACUGUCACCGUCCGUGAUCUUUUUUUUGGUCAAUGCCAGUCAUGUUCGUUACGAGUACAGUAUGACUCGUCCCAUUUUGGAGUUUGUCAACAUUCCACUGGUCAAUGGAUUCCCACCGUCCCACGUAAGGCGACAAGUCAGGUCUCACGCCGCCAAAGCCGGUGGAGGUUCUUCAGGAGGCGGAGAUGACGGGAAUCUGGAGAACAACGACCGCAACAAUGACAGCAAGAAACACACGUCGUCGUCAUCGUCCUCUCCUUCUUCUUCGCACAAGGCGGCCGCAAAGAGACGCAAACGAUACCGUCACACCCUCAACUGGACCUUUCAGGUCACCACGACACAGACAACCGUCGAAGAGGUUGAGACGGAGCCAGAACUAGAGACAACAGAGUCGACCACCACACCAGAAUCUUCACAACACUUUCGAGCUCGACGACAAAAGGGUCGUUCUGCAGCGCGUCGCCGAUGCCAUCCUCAUCCUACUCCUCCUUCCAGUUCUUCCUUUUUGUCGGGAACGGCGGCGCUGAUUCCGGCGUCAAAGUCACCGGUUUACCACGAACCUUUUGUCCCCGUCGUCCUCCAACAUUACCUCCAACACCUGGCGGUGGCGAUCCCCGAGGUCGACGGGGACGGUAACACGGCACUUUUGAAGACUCGGUGGUUCCCCAUGGUGAUCCACUCGCCCCUGUUGUUCCAGGUGAUCGUGUUGUUUUCGGCUUCCCACUACGCGGCUCAACGGGAAGACGUCGCGUUCGCCCCGACCAUCCUACUCCUCAAGCAGCGGGCCCUGGCCGGCAUCGGCGCCCACGUCGCCGCGUCGUCGUCCGAGGGUGGAACGGGCACGGCGGUGGUGCGAGACGAACUCAUCGCCGCCACGGCCAAGAUGGCCAGCUACGAGGCCAUCUGGGGAGACGAACACUCCUACCACUGCCACAUGGGCGGCGUGGAGGAGAUGUUGAAAGCACGCGGCGGCGGCCUGGCCAGCUUGGGUCUCGACGGCUUUCUCGCCCGUCUCUUGUUGUUCAUCGACACGAACUCGGCCUUUCUCUUGAAUACCUAUCUCCACCUACGGGAUUCCUCGUUCCCCAGAGGCGAACCCUUUGUAUUACCAAACCUAAGUCGUUUUAUCGGAGAGAUCUAAAAAUAGGUUGAGAGAGAUCUCGCAUUGUUCCCCAGGCCACCACUUCUGUCAAAAUCAAAAGGAAAAUAGAAACUCGAUGCGCGAUGGCACUCUUUCUAUCACAUUGUUAGAGACAGGGUUGCGUCUGUGGAUUCAACUUGACAAGAUGGUCACACUACAGGCACACUUGUAACAUAUUUGGGUUCUGUAACAUAACAAGGGACAGCGAAUCUGGGAUUUGCGCCCCAUCAUAUUACACUGUAAAAUAGACACAUGAACAUUCAAUUCGGAUUUGGUUUCGAAAGCGUAUCUCGGAAGGGCUCUUUUGUAUACGCAAUGAUGCAUCACUACCUAGUCAAGAGUUCUCAUCUAUGGUUCAGGUACUCUUUUCAAAUAGAAUGACA